UUCCGGGCGCCGGCGGGGCGUGUGACGUCGGGUGGUUUAAUCCGGAAACGGCGGCGACCGCCGAGGCGACAGAACCGAGGGGCUGUGGUUGGUGGGCGCUCCGGGGCUCCCAGCGAGAAGAGCGUGACCCGGAAACGGAAGCGAGUCGCAACUCCGUACUCGCAGCCUCCACCUCCUCCUGUCAGGGACCCUCUCAAGUGCCCUGUCCUCGGCGCUCAGGGUUCCAAGUGCCCCCUACCCCCGUCCGCCCGCCCACACACGGCCAUCGCCAGUCUCAGUCCACCGGACACGCUAGGGCCGCAUCGCAGGGUCUGCAGGACGAGUAAGGCUUCACACUUGCCCCAGUCCUACCGGCGGGCUCCUGCGGCCAUGGACCUGCUGUUUGGGCGCCGGAAGACGCCGGAGGAGCUGCUGCGGCAGAACCAGCGCGCCCUGAACCGCGCCAUGCGAGAGCUGGACCGUGAACGACAGAAGCUAGAGACCCAGGAGAAGAAAAUCAUUGCAGACAUCAAGAAAAUGGCCAAGCAGGGCCAGAUGGACGCCGUGCGUAUCAUGGCAAGAGACCUGGUGCGCACAAGGCGGUACGUGCGAAAGUUUGUGUUGAUGCGGGCCAACAUCCAGGCUGUGUCCCUCAAGAUCCAGACACUCAAGUCUAACAACUCAAUGGCACAAGCUAUGAAGGGCGUCACCAAGGCCAUGGGCACCAUGAACAGACAGCUGAAGUUGCCCCAGAUCCAGAAGAUCAUGAUGGAGUUUGAGCGGCAGGCCGAGAUUAUGGACAUGAAGGAGGAGAUGAUGAACGAUGCCAUUGAUGAUGCCAUGGGUGACGAGGACGAUGAAGAGGAGAGUGACGCUGUUGUAGCCCAGGUCCUGGACGAGCUGGGGUUGAGCCUGACGGAUGAGCUGUCAAACCUCCCCUCCACCGGAGGCUCCCUCAGCGUGGCUGCCAGUGGGAAGAAAGCAGAGGCUGCAGCCUCCGCCCUAGUCGAUGCAGACGCAGACCUGGAGGAGCGGCUCAAGAACCUUCGAAGGGACUGACUGCACACACCCCCCACCGUGCCACCCUAGGGAGCCAGCGGAGGGCCCAGCAUUUUCAUUGUACCUUCUGUAAUAAACGUUGGCUACUA